AUGUCAGCAGCAGGGAAACCUUAUACCGAUGGCCCCUUCGCCGGACCUCCAUUAUCACCGUCUCUCGAUCCUCGAGACUUAUCUCUGACGUUGGCGAGGCUUGACAACAAAGAGGAAGCAACCACGAAACGGAUGACCAGUGACCAAUUCCAGCGGCUGAUCGAGACCCGAAUCAACUACGCGACCCGACCCAGUACCCAUACGUUAAUGCCACCUGUUGUCGAAUCAUCAACCCUUACGCCUCCCUCUAACGGCAUACUCAAAGAUAUAUAUCUAGGGGGCCCGAGUAACGGGCCUCAGCCCAGUAGUGAGGCAUCUCUAAGAGAGAGAGUCAGUGCCGAUGUCAAUUUUGCCCCGUUGGCUACACUACUCGACACUCUAGUCGGGGAGCUAGCCAUGGGGAUUGUCCGUAGUUAUCUCAAGUCCCAACCGCCGGAAAUGCAAGGAGAGCUAUGCACAAUAAUGGUCCGGGAUCUCAUUGCGGAGCUUUCAGCGGAAGGAGCUGAAAUGUGCGACGAGGAAACACUAGAAGCCACAACAUUGCGCGCGGCGAUGGAGAUUCUUGUCGAAAAGGACGAUCUUGUGGACGAUGCGGACAAUCCUCUGUUCAGGGAUCUGAUGUUGAAAGUGCACCUGUAUUGUCAGUGGAACGGUAUAAGACUUCAGUCGCUGUCUUGA